AUGGCGUACGCACCUGAAUCCUUCCAUAUCAUUGCACAAAACUGCAGAGGCCUGAACACGCCCAAAAAACGAGCGCACCUCCUUCAAGACCUUAAACGACGCCGAGUUUUAAUAGCCCUCUUACAAGAAACACACCUAAGAGACACAGACACACAUAGACUGCAGAAAAAACACUACAAAACCACAUUCUAUAGUAACCACCCAACCGCACGAAAAGCUGGAGUCUCGAUUCUCCUAAAUACCGACCUACAUUUCACGCGCUCCAAAACUCUCACUGACACAGACGGCAGAUACCUAUUCGUGAAGGGAACGAUUUCCCAGACAACCUACACGUUUGCCUCGGUAUAUGCCCCGAACGCAAACCAGGUCAAGUUCCUCUGCAAAACGCUCUUGAAACUAGCCAUCUUCGCAGAGGGCAUUUUGAUACUAGACGGAGACUUCAACCUGCCUCUAGACCCAAUAGCAGACACCUCCAACGGACAUAGCACAAUAGCACAUGCGGCUAUCAGAAGAAUCCACAAGACUCUACAAGACAUGCGACUGGUUGAUACAUG